GCAACACUACACGCUUUGCUUCUAUUGCUGAGUUAUCAUGGAUUAUCAAAGCUUGAAUGUGAAUUUGUUAGUUGAAUUUUGAAGCAAGUGUUUGAGGGAAAUUGGAUAUUUUUGUGUAUUAAUCAGUGCAUAUAGAUACAGAAAAUAAAACAGAUUAAGCAGGAUGGAUGCCGAUCUGUAUGACGAGUUCGGGAAUUAUAUUGGGCCCGACUUGGCCUCUGAAUCUGAAGAUGAGAAUGAAUACGACAAUGUUGGAGAUGACACUGAUGAACGGGAGAGAUCAGAUGAGGAGAUGGAAGAGGAUAAAGACGAACAGAGAGAUAAUUUGGAGCAGCAAUCCAUGUCUGUGGUUUUGCACGAGGAUAAACGCUAUUAUCCAAGUGCUCUAGAAGUUUAUGGGCCAGAUGUAGAAACUCUGGUUCAAGAGGAAGAUGCUCAGCCAUUGGAUAAACCACUGAUUGCUCCAACGAAAAGAUCAAAGUUUCAAAUAAAGGAACAAGAAUUACCUGAUACCACAUACAAUAUUGAAUUCCUCGCUGAUAUGAUGGAUACCCCGCAUUUAAUUCGUAAUGUUGUUCUUUUGGGACACCUCCACCAUGGAAAGACAACACUAGUUGAUUGCCUAGUAAGACAAACACAUCCAAAUAUUCAUAGUGUAACUGAUGAAAAAGCCCUGAGGUACACAGACACUCUAUUCACUGAACAGCAGCGUGGUGUCUCCACAAAAGCUACUCCUGUCACGUUGCUUUUACAAGAUAUCAAAUCAAAAUCGUAUCUGAUGAACAUCUUUGAUACUCCAGGUCAUGUCAAUUUUUCGGAUGAGGCCACAGCUGCUAUUAGAAUGUCAGACGGUGCUAUUUUAGUAGUAGAUGCAGCUGAGGGAGUUUUAUUGAAUACAGAGCGACUUUUAAAACAUGCCAUUCAGGAAAAAUUAGCGCUUACUGUUUGUAUAAAUAAAAUUGAUCGGCUCAUAUUGGAAUUGAAACUACCACCUUUGGAUGCUUAUUACAAGCUACGUCACAUAAUUGAAGAAAUAAAUGGUUUAAUAGCUCUGUAUUCAGACAGUGAAAAUCCGACUUUUGUAUCACCAGCAAUAGGCAACGUCUGUUUUGCAUCCUCAGAGUAUAAUGUCUGCUUUACUCUGAAAUCAUUUGUAGCUCUUUAUGCUCAACAAUAUUCCAAUAUUAAUAUCAAUGAGUUUUCAAAGAGACUCUGGGGUGAUUUAUAUUUCAAUUCAAAAACGAGAAAAUUCAUGAAGAAACCUCCACACAAUACAGCACAAAGAUCAUUCAUAGAAUUCAUAUUGGAGCCUCUGUAUAAGAUUUUCGCUCAAGUAGUUGGAGACGUAGACACAACAUUGCCUUCAGUACUUGAUGAGCUGGGCAUUAGAUUAACGUCAGAGGAGAUGAAGAUGAACAUCAGGCCCCUGUUGAGAUUGGUCUGCACGCGAUUUUUCGGAGAUUUGUCUGGGAUUGUUGAUAUGUGUGUGCAUCAUGUGCCGAGUCCCCAUGAGCACGCACCAGUCAAAGUACAGCACGUAUACACAGGCCCCAUGGAAUCAGAUUUGGCUAAAGAUAUGAUUAACUGCAAUCCUGACGGUAGACUCAUGAUCCACAGUACGAAAAUGUAUCCUACCGAGGAUUGCACUUUAUUUGUUGUUCUUGGGCGAAUAAUGUCGGGAACUUUAGAGGCAGGUCAGAAAGUUCGAGUCCUCGGAGAGGCGUACUCCAGGGCCGAUGAAGAGGAUUCAAGAGUUUUAAGUGUUGGUAGACUUUGGAUCAGUGAAGCAAGAUAUUCUAUUGAAUUGUCUCGAGUACCAGCUGGAAAUUGGGUUCUCAUUGAGGGCAUUGAUAGGCCUAUUGUGAAGACGAGUACUAUUACAGACUUGAAUAAUUCCGAAGACUUACAUAUAUUCAGGCCAUUAAAAUUCAAUACCCAGAGUGUCAUUAAAAUAGCUGUUGAACCAGUGAAUCCCUCAGAGUUACCGAAAAUGCUGGAUGGAUUGAGAAAAGUCAAUAAGAGUUAUCCUCUAUUGGGGACAAGGGUCGAAGAGAGUGGCGAACAUGUUGUUUUGGGCACCGGCGAGCUUUAUUUGGAUUGUGCUAUGCAUGACUUGAGAAAAAUGUACUCAGAGAUUGAUAUUAAAGUGGCAGAUCCCGUGGUAGCAUUUGCAGAAACUGUUGUCGAAACGAGUUCUCUCAAGUGUUUUGCUGAGACCCCAAACAAAAGAAAUAAGUUGACCAUGAUUGCUGAGCCCCUGGAAAGAGGUUUGGCUGAAGAUAUCGAGGCGGAAAAUGUAAAAAUCACAUGGAAUAAAAAGCGCUUGGGUGAAUUUUUCCAAACAAAGUACGAUUGGGAUCUUUUAGCCGCUAGAAGUAUCUGGGCAUUCGGCCCAGACUCUACGGGACCGAAUAUUCUUGUCGACGAUACUCUACCCUCGGAGGUUGAUAAAGGACUGUUGAGUAGCGCUAAAGAUGCCAUUGUUCAAGGCUUUCAAUGGGGAACGCGGGAGGGUCCUCUAUGCGAAGAGCCAAUUCGCAAUGUGAAAUUCAAAAUUUUGGAUGCAGUCAUUGCACCAGAGCCUCUUCACAGGGGUGGCGGACAAAUAAUUCCGACGGCCCGACGUGUCGCCUAUUCGGCGUUUUUAAUGGCAACUCCACGUCUCAUGGAACCCUAUCUAUUUGUCGAAGUUCAGGCUCCUGCUGACUGCGUCUCCGCUGUUUACACAGUCCUUGCCAAGCGGCGUGGUCACGUCACCCAGGAUGCACCGGUCCCAGGCAGUCCUCUCUAUACAAUCAAGGCAUUCAUACCAGCGAUCGACAGUUUUGGCUUUGAAACCGAUCUUCGAACUCACACGCAAGGCCAAGCCUUUUGUUUAUCCGUAUUCCAUCAUUGGCAAAUUGUUCCAGGUGACCCACUGGAUAAAAGUAUUACAAUUAGACCAUUGGAGCCUCAGCCUGCGACGCACUUGGCACGAGAAUUUAUGCUCAAAACUAGAAGGAGAAAAGGUCUAUCUGAAGAUGUUUCCAUUAACAAGUUCUUUGAUGAUCCCAUGUUGCUGGAGUUGGCGCGUCAAGAUGUCCUCCUGAAUUAUCCACUUUAAGUUAUUAUUCACAGUUUCCACAUGGAAUGACAUUUUUCCCUUUUUAUUUUCAAUAAAAUAAUAACGAAACAAUAUGAGAAAUAACGAAAAUUUA